AUGUUCGGCGCAUUCAGAGCCACGAACGCCUUGUCAGGCGGUCUUCUAUGGAAGACGCCAUGGCGACUCUCGAAAUUCCAGAAGGCGCGACAGCGGGAGCGGCUGCGGGGCGUCGACGCCGUGGUGGCGACGCUGGACAAGGCGCUCGCCAAGAAGGGCGAGACGCUCAAGGCGCUCGAGGUCUGGAAGGACACCAUGCCCACCGAGGCCGAGAUGCUGCCCAAGGACAAGUACACCAUGUUCGACCGGAAGGAGAAGCGGUAUAGGAAGGGCAUUCACAAGCUGCCGAAGUGGACGAGGGUGUCGCAGAGACUCAACCCGCCUGGAUACUGA